UCUAUGCUCCAUGGUACAUGUCAACAAAUAGCUGUCAAAAGAAAAAAAGUCUUAAAGUCUGCAUACAAACUUUUAUUUGUUUUAAUUUACUAGAAUAUAUUAAUAAAUAUAGGAAAAUGUCGAAAACAGCACACGUAGUAGAUGGAGAAGCAUCAGAAUCCGAUUCAGAAAUUGAGAUUGGUAAAUCGCCAGAUAUAUCAUCAUUCUCACAGACCUGUGUCAUAUCUGGUGAAGCACCGGAAUCUGAUGAUGAGACUAAAGUACAAUCGCCGGAUAUAAAUGAGAUAGAUGCUCCUCUGCACACAUCAAUGAUCCCGACAUCACCCACCAAAUUGAUACAUAACUCAUUGUUGCAUCAAAAAUUAUGGGAAUGCAAUGUCUCGCUUCGAGCUACAAUCGAAGGACUAGCCAAACACACAACUGACAUUUGUGUUGAGAAGCUGACGAGGGCUGACAAGACUCUGCUAAGUGUACAGGAGUGUAUGAGAUCAACAAAUGCCAACUUGACUCUAGCGAGGGCCAGGCUGAAGCAACUUCACACCGAACUUGAAAAAGCAAAUUGUGCAACCGCUUUGCCGACUGUUAAGAUUAAAUAGACUAAAAUUGUUGAUUAAUUGUAUUAAAAUAUAUAUUUUGUUAUCUU